GUGUAUCUUUAUAAUCUUUCUAACUCUCCUGUGCUAAUCUCAGAGGGGCCACCCUCAAUAUAUCUGGAUUAUCCGUGUCGUCCGGCUGCCUCCUUCUUGCUGCUCUUGCCCCCGUGGGCCGUGUGCAUGUCUCGCCCCCGCCUGGCAUCCGCGCACCUGCUGCGCACCUUGCCACCCCCUCUCCCAAGGGCAUCUCUGUUGGGAAACCACAGAACCCCCCCCCACGCUCGGGGAGAGAAGGGGGUCACCCCCUUCGUCCGGGUCCUCACUUUUAGCAGCGUGUUUGGGAUGGGGGGCACCUGCCCGCGCCCUGCUGCCCUGUGCUGGCUGAGCCCAUGGAGAUGGAGGCAGAGACACGGCCGACCCCGCUGCAGGGCAGCCCCCCGCCCCCCAGAGCCACUGUGUCACUCGCUUGCUCACAUUGAACCCGACCCUGGAGCUGGACCCUGGAUUACGGGGGCCGCGCCUCGUGUGUCUGUGCGUCCCGGCCCGUGCACCCCUGCAUAAGGGCGGGACAGUGUCUUGGUGAACCAAGUGGACAACGCCCCAUGCCUCGUGGGCAUGAAGCCGUGUCCCCUCACCGGCUCCUCCCAAAGCCCUGGGGGUUCCCCCACCCCUGGGAGUAACAGCAGACAUCACAGAGAAGCAGAGAGACCGGGAGGGAGGGCAAGGGGCCCCAGAAGAGCAGAGGCGUUGGCCCGGGGCCCACGCAGCCAGAGGGCCCCGGCCCUGAAGGAGGCGGAGGGCCGAGAUGCCAGGCAGGUGGAGAGCCCCACGGCCUUUCUGUCUCCCAACGGACACGCGAGCGCGCUGUACCCUGCAGGCCGCCGGCCCAAGUCAAAGUGUGCUGUCCCAUGGUCCCCCUGAGCCUGCUUCACGCAGGCCCCAUGCUGUGCGCAGUCCGGAAAAUGCUUGCCCUGCGCCCCUGGGCAGCUAGACGGCGCCCGACGGCUCCUGGGGGAGCUUCAUUAUGCAGCCUCCGCGGCUGCCCCCAGCCCCCCCCCCCGGACACCCGCCCCCCCUGGCCCUGGGGGGUGUGCACAGGACGCACAGCCACACACGCGGCGGCCUCAGGCCCCCUCGCACCCGCUCCCGCAGACAGGUUGCCCUGGAGCUCCCUCUCCUUGGAUCCAGUUCAAGGGGAUGAAGACUCCAUGAGAGUCCCGUGGCCCCUUCCCUCCGCCUUCCCAGCACCGCGCUUAUCUCUGUCUCACAAGUCACCCCUGGCCUCCCUUCCUUCCUCCUGCUUGAAGAUUCCGUCCUUGCUGGAAACCCCCCAGGCCCUGGGGCCUUCCUUUCCACCUUUGGGGAAAACAGACGCUCUUGCUGGCUGCCUUCUUCCUUUCCCGAGGGCAGGUCCCCCCAGGAAUCCGUCGCAAACAGGAAGCGCGGGGCUGGUGCCCCCUCGUGGGCCGAGGCGUGGGCAGGCCAUGGGCGUGGGGCGAAGGCUUCCUGAAUGCCCGGCUCCCCCCGCCGGUCCCAGGGCCCUGCCCAGAACUGGUGGCCUUCAUUAGCCCCCGGCACUUAUCUCGGAGCCGCAGCCACCGGCAGGACGCUCACAGCCCUGGGCCUGCCCUGAGCUCCCGGGCCAUGGGGAACUGUCUGCAGCAGCAGGCGGCGGAUGAGGCCUCUACGGACCUCAUCUUCAAGGACGACAUCUGGGAAGACUUUAAUGAGUCCUAUGAGCUGAACUACAACUACAGCGGCAUGGACGCCGCUGCCCCCUGCCGCUCCUGUGGCCUCCUGGACGCCUCCUCGCUGCCCUUCUUCAUCGUCGCCAGCACCCUGGGCAUCCUCGCCGGGGGAGUGGUCCUCUUCGCACUCCUCAGGCCUCUCUUCCACUGGCAGGUCUGCCCCGACCGGCCCGUCCUGGUGCAGCUGGCGGUGGGCAGCACUCUCUUCAGUGUGGUGGUGCCCAUCCUGGCACCGGGCCUGAACAGCGUCCAGAGCGCAGCCCUGUGCCACCUGGCCCACCUGGUCUGGUACAGCUCAGCCUUGGCCCAGGCUCUGCUGAUAGGGUGCCACGCCUGCCUGGGCCCCAAGUUGCGUGCCGGCCGGGUCCCGCACCUCACCCUGAGGCUCAGUGUGGGCCUUUGGGCCAUGGCUGUCCUCCUGGGGCUGCCGGUCACCCUAGCCAGUGACACUUCCCGCGGAUUCUGCUCCCUGUCCUUCAGCAAGGGCUACCGGUCUCUGCAGAUCUUGCACGUUCUGGUCUGUUUUGCCUUCUUCACCGUGUUGCCACUAGGUUUGUUAGGAGCCAAGGUGCUGACGAAGACGUUGGGCAGGUGGCCCUGUCCCUGGGUUAAUGUCCUGUGGGCCUGGUUUGUUUUCUGGUGGCCUCACGGGGUGACUCAGGGGUUGGACUUUCUGGUGAGGUCCAAGACCUUGGUACUGUCCACAUGCCUGGCCCAACAGGCCCUGGACCUGCUGCAGCACCUGGCGGAAGCCCUGGCCAUCCUGCACUGUGUGGCCACACCCCUGCUCCUGGCCCUGUUCUACCACCAGGCCGCUCGCACAGCCCUGCCCUCCCUGCCUCUCCCAGUAAGACAGCCGUCUCCUCUGCACACCCAGGGAGGCAAGUCCUAGCUCUCUCCCCACCUGUCAACCUGCAUUAAAGUCUAUGCCGCUUUUA